AAGAGGAGAGAGAGGAGGAAGAGGAGGGGGAGGAAGAAGAGGAGAGAGAGGAGGAAGAGGAGGGGGAGGAAGAAGAAAUGAAUAAAAAGAAUCAAAAUAAAAAAUGGGAUAUUACCACUCCAAUUGAAACACCUAGAAAGAGACAAAAAAAAUAA